UGACGGACGCCUGUUCUCUAUAGCUCAUGCUGGUGGGGCUCUACCUGGAGGAAACUGGUGGCCGGACCCUUUCCCCUGGCUGGGUGGACUCAGCAUGGAGCGCUCCAGCAAGAUGGACUUCUUCCAGAAGCUGGGCUACUGCCACGAAGACGUGGUCAGGGUGCUGGAAAAGCUGGGCCAGGAUGCUCUGGUCAACGAUGUGCUGCAGGAGCUAAUCCAGACCGGCAGCCGGCCAGGUGCCUCCGAGAUCAGCGGGGCGCCUGUGCUGGUCCCCAGGGGCUCUUGCGGGAUCCUGGACUCUGUCCCGCGCUGGCUGGGGGUGGACCAGCAAGAGGACUGCGGAGAUCCGGCCACCUCCUUGCGACCCAUUGUCAUCGAUGGUAGCAAUGUGGCGAUGAGCCAUGGAAAUAAAGAAGUGUUCUCCUGCCGGGGAAUCCAGCUGGCCGUGGACUGGUUCAGGGACAGAGGACAUCCAUACAUCAAAGUUUUUGUCCCAUCCUGGAGGAAAGACCCCCCAAGAUCUGACACUCCUAUUAGAGAGCAGCACGUGCUGGAGGAGCUGGAGCGGCAGGCGGUGCUGGUGUACACCCCGUCCCGCAAGCUGAACGGCCGCCGGGUGGUUUGCUACGACGACCGGUACAUCGUGAAGGUGGCCUACGAGCAGGACGGCAUCAUCGUCUCCAACGACAACUACCGGGACCUGCAGAGCGAGAACCCCGAGUGGAAGUGGUUCAUUGAGCAGAGGCUGCUCAUGUUCUCCUUUGUCAAUGAUCGGUUCAUGCCCCCUGAUGACCCCCUGGGCCGCUGGGGACCCACCUUGAGCAACUUCCUAAGCCGAAAGCCAAAGCCCCCGGAGCCAUCCUGGCAGCACUGUCCCUACGGCAAGAAAUGCACCUACGGCGUCAAGUGCAAGUUCUUCCACCCCGAGAGGCCGCACCAGGCGCAGCUGGCGGUGGCAGACGAGCUGCGCGCACAGACUCGGGCCUGGCGGGGUGCGGCCGCCGAGGACGAGUGGCCCCGGCGGCAGGGGGCUUCCCGGGGCGCCCCCGCAGCUGCCCCGCCCAUCCCCCGCGAGCCCGGAGAGCGCACCCAGCUCCCCGCGCGGGGGGCGGCGGCCCUGGCGGCCCUGGCAGACGGCUUCUCGCGGCUCAGCUUCAGCGACACCUCGGGGCUCCUGGGGGCGCGAUCCGCGGGGCCCUGCUGCAGCCUCGCGCGCCAGCCGCGCCGCCCUGACCUGGGGGCGGCGUCUCCUGCAGCCCCGCCCGGCCUGCCGAGCCCCUCGAGCGCGCUGGGCGGGUCUCGGGAUGCUCCCGGUCUCGGGGACCCUCAGAGUGAUGUGCUCCCCCAUCGCCGGCUGCCGGCCGACCCGUGGGCCUCCCCGGAGGGGGCGGGCCGAUUCUCGGGCAACCCAAUCUGGACAGAGCCAGGCUGGGGCGACUGCCCCUUUGGGGGACCCUCCGAUUCGGUGUCCCCCGCCGCACCCCGCGAGGUGGCCGCGCGCGCCCGGGCGCGAACCGCGCUCUGCAGACUCUUCCCGCCACGGCAGGUGGACCGCGUGAUGGCGCUGUUCCCCGCGCUCUCAGAUGUCACCAGGCUCAGUCUCCUCAUCCAGCGACUCCAAGGAUCUGGGGCGCCUUCGGGAAAGCCCUAAGGAGCCCGACAAGUCACCCCUCCCGGGGACGUCCCCAAUUCUUCCUUGCAAUUUAGCGAGGCCGCAUGCAGCCUGUUCCAAGGUCGCCCCCAGCCCCUCCUUUCCCUUAGAUAUCGUCUGGGGAGCUUUCAGGGAGCUUUUCAGGAGGGGCCUUUAUCUCUGGCCUGGAAGAUUCUGGGUCCAACACAGCUCCAAGGGUGUGUCUGGAACUGUCCUCACCGCUGGAGGUGUGAAGCUGCAGUGGGGAUCCACAACUGAGUCACAAGAUCAAUUUAGUGGGAGCAUCCCAGAAAGGAGUGGAAGGGGGAACCUCAGACCAUACCCUCAGGCACAGCAUAAAACUCCCCGUAGCAAACCUGGGUUUGAAUAGCCUUGGUGGCCACAUGGACAGUGUGGCUUACGAGCAAACAUUUGAAAGAUCCUGGCAAGCGGCCUUGAAUGACAUUGCAUCAAACCAGUACGUAGCCUUUUAGCUGAUGAGGGUUUGGGAGCUGGGGGUCUUCACAGGAUCUUUAGACAACCCCAUGAGGGGAGCCCAGAGUUCAGACUUCCAAGGUGUGGGCUCCACCUGGGACUUUGAAACUGUGUAACUGUGCUGCUCUGUCUGUAGGGCACACUGUACUGAGGGUCUCUUAUGUGUUUCAUCUUUACACGUACACACACACACAGUCACAGCACACAUACAGAUAACCUAGCACACAUACCCUCACAAGUAUUAAGACACACAGACAUAGGUCACAUGCAAAUGUCACCACACUUUCACACAGGUAGUGACAUAAACAGGUACUCCACACAUAACAUCACGUCACACACAAAUAUCACAAUUCACAUACUACACAAAUAGAACAGACACCACACACAAAUAUCACAAUACACAGCUUUUU